UUUCAACGGUUUUAAGGGCUGCAUUUUUUUAACGAUCCGGCAGCACUUUCUCCAAAGACGUCAAACAGCUGUCAUAAUUUUUCGCCCAGGAAAACUCUGCUCGCGUUUUGCUAAAUUAUAAAAAUAAACUAAAGCAAAAUGAUGAACUUGUCGAGAGCUGUUGUCCGUAGCUUCACCACCACCGCUGGCCGUCGCUCUGCUGCCGUGCCCAAGGAGCAAAUCGAGAAGGGUUACUUCGAGAUCCGGAAGGUGCAGGAGCAUUUCCAGAAGAAGGACGGCAAGCCUGUUUUCCUAAAGGGAUCCGCCGUCGACCAGGUUCUGUACCGCAUCACAAUGGCCCUCGCCCUGGUCGGCAUCGGCGGCAUGGGCAAGCUCUUCUACGACCUGAGCGUGCCCAAGAAGGAAUAAGAUGUGUAGGAGAGAUCCCUAAGCUAAGCCACAAAACCAGCAAAAUCCGUGAUCCAACCCACAUUUGUUUUGCAGUGUAGUUGCCUUAUAUUUCGUUGUUUUGAUUGUAGCAUUGCCUUGAUACCUGGCCAACAUGGAGCUCCUGAUCCCACAACCUGGCUUGAUGUUUUAUGUUAAAAUAGCUAAGUUUUGAUUUGUAAACUGAACAUUCGCAAGAGCAUUUAAGACGGGGAAAUAUAAGUAUCUGGCUGUAAAAUAUAAA